UGCCCUCCGGAAAUUCCGAACAGGAUCAUUCUCGGAUUUCGCGGGAAGGCGUUUAACCUCGGUGGUCGCCGCAAUAGUUUUCAUCGGUGGAGCACUCAUGUUGUCACUGGCACCCACUUAUUGGCUCCUGUUGUUCGGAAGACUCGUUGUUGGGAUCGCGGUGGGUACCUCGUCACAAAUAGUGCCGGUCUACAUAAGCGAGAUUUCCCCGAGAUUCUAUCGUGGUCGCUUGGUCACGGUGAAUGUGUUGAUGUGCACCGGAGGACAGCUCUUCGCUUACCUAAUCGCCACAGGAUUUGUGUUUCCGGGAGGGUGGAGGUGGAUGUUUGGUGUUUCAGGAAUCCCUCCAGUGAUACAAUUGAUUUGUAG